AUGGUGGAGGAAAAGGCCUCCAAGGAUAGCAUUGCGCCAGCGGACCCCCCCAAAGACCCCGCAGACACCAAGGGAGACUGGGAGAGGGGCGCAGAAGUACAGGCUGCGCAAAGGGGGGAUGUGGGAGAGGUCCCUGAGGAGAGGCCGCAGCCCUCACAGGGCACUGCAGUCAGCUUGUCCCCACAAUCCAUGUCCCCGGCAAAUAUAUAUGCCAAACCAGAGCCCCAGCACAGGAAAGAGACCCCAGCAGGCACCGCCCCCGUCCCUAGGCCUGUUGUCGCAGUUGCCCCUAGCAACCGACCCGCAGGCAGACGACCCUCCUACAGUACCCGAACUCCCGGUGUCCCAGUGCGUCCUCACCCGACCGCGUCCCGGCGUGAAAGACCGAUCCGGCCGGGUGACGCGCAAGUAAAGGGACCCGGAAGCGGCGCACCGGAAGUGACGUCAGGCCGAGGGCGCACGCGCCCAUACCAAAGAUGGCGGCCGCGGCCUCCGAGAAGGCCGCAAACGAAGCCGGGGGCUCGAUUAGCGGCCCCCGCGAACGGAACCGAGCGGCCAGCAGCGCCAGAGGCCCCAAGCCUCCGCCAGCACCAGGACCGCAGCCCGACCCCAAAACACCCCCGGAACACCCGCAGGCCGCCCCCUGACGCCGAGGAUCCAGGCAAGGACCCCCAGGGCCACACACCCCGACAGACAGGCGACGGAGGAUGGGGGAGGAGGGGGGGAGCAUGUGGAGCUAAAGCAUCCAGGCCCAUCUCAUACAUACCCAGGAGGAUGCGGACCAGGCACCCCCCUCCAGACCGACAGCAGCGCAGGGGACAUCAGGAAAAAACGCCACAGGUGCUGUGCGGAGAACUGGCGCCCCCGACCGCAGUCGCGGCGCCAGCAGCCUGA